AUGCCCUUCCCCUCCAAAACAGCCCUCAUCACAGGCGCGACAUCCGGCAUAGGCCUCGCCCUCGCCAAGCGCCUAAUCGCAAACGGCACCUUUGUCAUCGCCGUCGGCCGCCGCAAGGACCGCCUCGACGACCUCGUCUCCGCCCACGGCGCCGAUAAAGUCGCCGCCGAGCCGUUUGAUAUCGCCGACCUCAAGGCCCUGCCGGCGUGGGUCGAGAACACUUCCCAAACAACGGCAUCCAUAGUCCUCGUCUCCUCAGGCCUAGCCCUCGUCCCGAUCCCCCGCUGCCCAAACUACUGCGCCACCAAAUCGGCCCUCCACUCCCUCGCCUGGUCCCUCCGCGCCCAGCUGCAGUCGAGCCCGUCCUCCGCCCACAUCCGCGUCGUCGAGGUCGUCCCGCCCGCGGUGCAGACGGAGCUGCACUCCCAGCAGCCGGACCUGGUCACGGCGGGCCAGGCCAACUUUGGUAUGCCACUGGACGAAUUCACCGACGAGACGUGGGCCGCGCUCGAGAAGGGGGAGGAGGAUGAAAUCAUCGUUGGGCCGGCAAAGAAUUUUGCCCAUGUCGAGACGGAUAGGAAAAAGAUGUUUGACAAGAUGGCGGAAUCGUUCAAGUCGGGCAACAAAGCAUAG